CGACGCGGAGAGAAGGCGCGACUGCAUCGUCCCGCGAGCGCGCUGCACACGACGCACCCAACCAUGGCGGGCGCCACAGCUGAAGAUGCGAAGCGCAAAGCAACCACCGAGCCCCUCAACCCCACGUCACCCAAGCGCGCAAAGCAAGCCAGCCCCUCUGCCUCCUCCGCCGACGAUGCGCCCCCCAAGCCCGCCCUGCGCAUCGUCCCGUUCCCCGAGAAGCCUGCCGUCAUCGAGGAGCGCACCGGCGAGAUCGAGUUCCGCGUCGUCAACAACGAUGGCCGCCGGGAAAGCACCAUCAUCCUGACGGGCUUGAAGUGCAUCUUCCAGAAGCAACUGCCUAAGAUGCCCAAGGACUACAUAGCACGGCUCGUCUACGACCGGACGCAUUUAAGCAUCGCCAUUGUGAAACAUCCCUUGGAAGUUGUUGGGGGCAUUACCUACCGUCCCUUCUCCGCCGGCGAGUUCGCCGAAAUCGUCUUCUGCGCCAUCUCCUCGGACCAGCAGGUCAAGGGCUACGGCGCGCAUCUCAUGUCCCACCUGAAGGACUACGUCAAAGCCACGUCCACCGUCAUGCACUUCCUCACCUACGCCGACAACUACGCCAUCGGGUACUUCAAGAAGCAAGGCUUCACCAAGGAAAUCACCCUUGAGAAGAGUCGCUGGAUGGGCUACAUCAAGGACUACGAAGGCGGAACCAUCAUGCAAUGCAGCAUGGUGCCCAAGAUCCGGUACCUCGAAAGCGGACGCAUGCUGCUCAAGCAAAAAGAGUGCGUCAACGCGAAGAUCCACGCAGUCAGCAAGAGCAACCAGGUCCACGCCCCGCCCGCACAAUGGGCAAAAGGCGUACCCGGCGAACUGAAGCCCAUCGACCCGCUCACCAUCCCCUCCAUCAAGAGCAGCGGCUGGUCCCCCGUCAUGGACGAACUCGCCCGCGCCCCCCGCCACGGUCCAAACUACAACACCCUCCUCCACCUCCUCAACGACAUGCAGAACAACAGCAACGCAUGGCCCUUCCAGCAGCCCGUCAACAAAGACGAGGUCCUUGACUACUACGAGGUCAUCAAAGAGCCCAUGGAUCUGGCCACCAUGGAGGAGAAACACGAGAAAGAUUUAUACCCCACGCCUGAGGACUUUAUCCGCGAUGCGAAACUCGUCUUCGACAAUUGCCGCAAAUAUAACAACGAGAGCACCCCGUAUGCGAAGGCGGCGACGCGUCUGGAGAGGUACAUGUGGCAGCGCAUCAGGGAGAUUCCGGAGUGGUCGCACCUUGAAGGCGAGUUCACAGGGAAGUAAAGGAGAGGUUAUAUGCAGACUCGGUUGGGUCGAGUACCAAAAUAUCGCAUUUUUAUCGACAAUUGGCGUGGGACAAGUCUUUUUGUGUUGUUGUUGUUGUUGUUUAUCAUCGUUCUAGCGGCAUUGUCUGGUGUCUGGGUUGGGGUGUCUGGCGAGAUAUGGUAUACCCGUACAAUAUUCUUUGGGAAGGGAGACAUGAAUUAAGUGAGCAAGCAAGCAAGUUUGUUUAUGCAUGCUUACAUAUAUUUGGAACUUCGCACGGCAUAUGUGCUCUUGGUGGGAUGUGGCCAUGGUAUGAUCUUGUGCUUGUGUUUGGUCUUGUGUUGUAUUCUCAUAUCGUCGUGUAUAUCAGUACGGUCAUCGUCUUACGCCCAAGCAGGAGAGUAUAGCUCAAAAACGGUAAUGUGUGAGCAAGCAG